ACCCAAACAAACUCCCCCCGUUCGCCGACAUCCUACCUCGAGGCGUGUAGUGGAGAUGAACACCCCCGCAUCGUCCUACGUCUCAAGCUCAUCGACUGAGGCAGACCUUCACAGUUCAAGUCCACCAGACACACCCAAGAGAGCGUACAAGUCCCACCAAGCCGUAAGGAACACAUACGGACGCGCCAAGCCCAUCUCCACAUUCGAUACACCUUCUUCAACAGAUCCAUGGACGACUUAUUCCGGCAACAGCAGCAAUAUGGGAUGCAACGGUGAUAGUCCUCUGCAGCGUAGAACCCGGCUCUCCGGUGCAUUUGCAGAACUGUCGACAUCUAGUCCGUCGCACACGUCGCAUACCCGGACGGGAGCACGUUCGCUGAUGGAGAAACUGGAGCGGGCGAAACUCGAUCUGCACAGUGACAGUGACAGUGAUGACAAGGUCAAUGCCAAUGGUUCUGGCAGGGGUAUGAGAUUGAGAUCCUUGCAUAUGCGGAAGAAAUCUCUAGACAAUGAUGAAGACGAUGGGAAUAUCUUUCUGGCAGCGGAUUCAAAGGCCAGGACACGGGAACAUCGUCCGCAGGAUCAAGCUCGGGAUCGAAAUGGAUCUGUGAGGGACGACCACGACGAGACGACCAAGGAUCAAGCAUUAACAGCACAGGCGCAGACGCCCUCGAAACGGAAACGUGAGGUCGCGGUGAAGGUCGUCGUUCCUGCUGUAGGAAAGAGUCUGCGCGCAAGGGGAGGUGCUGAUAAUGAAGAGUCGUUGAGUCAACUGUCUCCGAGGUCUUUGUCUUCGUCUUCGUUAUCGUCAUGGUCGUCGGCAUGUUCGCAAUCACCGCCAGGAUCACCAGGUCAGAGAAUUAGCAGCAAACGGAGUCGUUUAACCAGCGCAUCUUUGGACUCAUCGGCCAGUUCGUCCCAGAAACCUAAACAAAGAUCCAGCGUAUCGAUUUCGGACACCAGGGAUGAUGCCGAGGCAGAGAAGCGACCACUGCAGUCGCAGCAGCAGACAACCCUGAGCGCAUUCUUUAUGCCCAAGGCCAGCAAGGGCACCGGGAUUUUGAAAGCACGGACUGGAGCUCAUAUCCCAACUACACACUCUGAUGCAACAGCAGUAUCCACAAAAUCAGCCUCCUCACCCAGCUUAAAAGAUCCACAGCCCAAGAAGCUCGAGCAGUUGUUUCUCGCGUUCACCAAAGACCGGACAAAAUCCGCCAUCCCUACCUCCUCAUCAACACCGCCCAAAGGACCGUCUUCUUCGCGAGCAGCACCCCGACGUCUGCAGAGGGAGGACGAGAAAUUGGCACGGUACCAUUGUCCGCAAUGCAAAAUGCCCUAUGUGUGUGGGCAGCCCGAGGACGAACAAAUCCAUGAGCGGUACCAUCGUGGGGUUAUGGGCGGGAUCGAUUAUCCGGUAUAUAAGCAUGAGGUCGUCGUGGCAACCUUUAGCGAUUUUGAGAAUGAGUCGUUUGGAGGGGGUAGAGGUGGUAGAAGGAGCAGUGGUGGAGGCACAGGGAACGCGAGAGGGGAGAUGGGGAUGGCGUACUCGAGGAUUGUUAUGGUAUCGAUGUCGGAUGCGGGAAGAACGACGACGUCGUCGUCCUCACCGGCUGCUUCGUCGGGUUCCGGGUUUGAGAAACGAAAGGUGCUGGAGGUGCUUCAGGUGGUGAACAAGGAGCUGGGAUCUGUGGACUUUGACCCCGAGAAGCUGGACUCUUGCAAGGUGUUUUUGUAUAUCUCCAGCAAGAAGAAGGCGAUUGGGUGCUUGGUAGCAGAACGGAUCAAACAGGGCUUUGAGAUCUUGUCCUCGGCGGAAACCAUCACCACCGCCCCUGCUACGCCUUCUGGAUCUUCAUCUUCUCCCUCGUCGACAACGACAUCGACAUCAACAUCGACACCGAUAUCUUCAGAUGCCAAUGACAGCGGCAAUAAUGCAGAUACAACAACACUAACGACGCUCAUGACUCCGUCCGAGCUCAAGCCAAGGGCAGGGACUGAUGACGGAGGAUCGGCGGUGUUCUGUAGCAUCGAACCCCGACCUGCGAUCUGUGGGAUCAACCGGAUCUGGGUCUCGGAGCAAAACCGGCGCCAGAAGAUUGCGAGCCGAUUGUUGGAUGCGGUCCGGGAACGGUUCAUCUAUGCCUGUAAGCUCGAACAUAAGGAUCUGGCGUUCUCGCAACCGACAGGUGAUGGCAAGGCCCUGGCUAGGCAGUACCUUGGAACCGACAAGUUUUUGGUCUAUGUAGAGUGAACAUUUGGGAGAGUAGCUUGAGCCAUUGCGUCGUUUGUUGCGUUACUGG